GCGUGCCCCUGCCCCCACCGUCCCCCUCCCCGGGGGCCCUUUGUUCCCGCGGCCGCGCGGCUCCGACGGGCUCCAGGGGCCGGGUCUGCUGAGGGUCCCACACGGCUGUGCCUUCUGCGGUUUGGACAAAGCUCCAGCCACACGUCACCGCUGCGGUCACACGGAGCCGGCGCUGCCGACCCCCGGUGCUCCGCCCGCCCGUUGAAUCGGGGGGGUUGCCGGGGGUCACGGGGGUCGGAUGGGAACCUUUUCUCCCCCCUCCCGGCAUCUGGGCCUGCGGGGCGGGGUCUGGGCGUGCCCGGAUGGGGGCGUGGCGGGGCCCAUCCCCUAAAGUCUCCCGGCACCGUCCCGCCAUGGGUGCCAUGGAGGCGAGGGGCGCGCGCGCGGCCCUGUGCGGCGUCACGCUGCUCUGCGCCCUGGGCCUGGGCCAGCGCCCCGCCGGGGGUCUGAGAUGCGGCCCCGAGCGCCUUCUGCGUGGAACCGGGACGGACGCGCGCUGCUGUCGCCGGUGCGCCCCGGCAGAGCCCUGCCCUAAGGUGGACUGCACGUGUGUGGAGCCGGGGUUCCACUGCGGGGACCCCCAGUGCACCAGCUGCAAGCAUCACACCUGCCCGCCGGGCCAGGAGGCGCGGCCCCAUGGGAAUUUCGAUUUCGGCUUUGAGUGUGUCGACUGUGCCACAGGGACCUUCUCUGGAGGCCAGGAGGGUCGCUGCAGGCCCUGGUCAGACUGUUCCCAGUUUGGGUACCCCCCCAUGUUUCCCGGGAACAAGACACACAAUGCCGUAUGUAGCCCGGGGCUGCCGCCCGCUGAGACGCGUGACCCGCUGACCGUCAUCCUCCUCUCCGUGACCGCCUGCGUCCUGGUCCUGAGUGCGGCCCAGCUGGGCUUGCACGUCUGGCAGCUGAGACGGCAGCGCGUAUGGCCCCCAGAGACCCAGCUGCUCCUGGAGGCACCGCCGCCCGCCGAGGACGCCUGCAGCUGCCAGCUCCCUGAGGAGGAACGGGGAGAGCAGCUGUCUGAGGACAAGGGCCUGAGGCACCUGUGGGUGUGAGGCCUGGCUGUCCUCUGCUCCAGCAGACCCAGAGCCAGACCCUCC